AUGGAGCCGGCGGAGCUCGACGUGCUGGGGCUGCGGGAGCAGCUGUUCCACGAGCGGGUCCGGGAGUGCCUGAUCUGCACGCUGCUCUUCGCCAGCCUCUACAUACUGUGCCACUUCAUCAUAACCCGCUUCAAGAAGCAUGCGGACUUCACCACAGUUGAGGAUGACGAGGAUGCUGCUGUCGACAGAAUUGCGCUGUCGAUGUGCACCUUCACGCUGGCCGUCUCGCUGGGCGCCGUCCUGCUGCUGCCCUUCUCCAUCCUCACCAACGAGGUGCUGCUGCUCUUCCCGCACAACUACUACAUCCAGUGGCUGAACGGCUCCCUGAUCCACGGCCUCUGGAAUCUGGUCUUCCUCUUCUCCAACCUCUCCCUGGUCUUCCUCAUGCCCUUCGCGUAUUUCUUCACCGAGGCUGAGGGCUUCGCGGGAUCCAAGAAGGGCAUCCUGGCCCGAGUCUACGAGACCUUCGUGGUGCUCCUGCUGCUGACCCUGCUGGUGCUGGGGAUGGUCUGGGUGGCGUCGGCCAUUGUGGACGAGGACGCGGGCAGCCGGGAAUCCCUCUAUGACCUGUGGGAAUACUACCUCCCCUACCUCUACUCCUGCAUCUCGCUCUUCGGGGUGCUGCUGCUGUUGUUGUGCACGCCCGUCGGCCUCUCCCGCAUGUUCACCGUCACCGGGAAGCUGCUGGUCAAGCCCCGGCUGCUGGAGGAUCUGGACGAACAGCUGAACUGCACAAGGUUCGAGGAAGCCGCCCUCUCCCGCAAGAUCUCUGCCAGCCCCACCUCCUGCUGGCUCAGCUUGAACGCGGCUCUGCUCCGGGAGCGGUUCCUGGCCAUCCAGAGCCGGAGACUGGCGCUGGAGCUGCGGCGUGGUGCUUCGCCCUGGCAGCGGAACCUGGGCUACCCCCUGGCCAUGCUGUGCCUCCUGGCGCUGACGGGCAUCGCCGUGCUCGUGGUCUGUUUCCAUACGCUGGAGCUGCUGCUGGAUGACGCUGCCAUGCCGCGGGGGAUCCAGGACACACCCCUGGGGCAGGCCUCCUUCUCCAUCUUUGGGUCCUUCGGUGCCGCCCUGCAGGUGGUUCUCAUCUUCUAUCUAAUGGUCUCCUCCGUCGUGGGGUUCUACAGCUCCCCCAUGUUCACCAGGCUCCUCCCUGCGAGGCAGGAUACCCCCAUGACCAAGAUCAUUGGGAACUGCGUGUCCUUGCUCGUGCUCAGCUCCGCGCUGCCCGUCUUCUCCAGGACACUGGGAAUCACGCGGUUUGACCUCCUGGGCGACUUCGGCAGAUUUAACUGGCUGGGGAAUUUCUACAUCGUUUUCCUCUACAACAUGCUCUUCGCCACCCUCACCACCCUGUGCCUGGUGAAGAAGUUUACAUGGGCCGUGCGGGCCGAGCUCAUCCGAGCCUUUGGUUUGCACAAGCUGCCCCUGCCUGUGACACGCACCCGCCAGCCCAGCAAACUCUGCUAG